CCAGCCCAGUCACUCGCAUCGUCGACUACCUCUUGCCAUCGGUUCUCCCGGGAAGUUUUGCGGCGGCCUAGGGUUUUAGCAUUCUCACCUCAGCGGCGGCGGCGGCGGGGGACACCGGAUUUUCCGCUCCGAUGCCUCGUCAGCACGCGCCGGCGUUCACGCCGGAGGCGGCGUCGGCGUCGGCCACCGGCGGGGCCGGGGAGCGGCAGAGCCUCCCGGCGCUGCAGGCGAAGAUGAAGCGCGACCCGGAGGGGUACGAGGAGGAGCUCCGCCAGCUGCGGCGCCACUUCGAGUCAUCGGUGUUCCUCUUCCGGCAGCAGGCGGCACUGGCCUCCACGUCCUCGUCCGGCGGCGGAGGGGAGGUGGCCAAGGAGCUCGGCGACCUCGCGCUGUUCCUCGCCCACGUCGCGCCCUUCUACCCGGACGACCUCGCUGACUUGCCCGACCAGAUUGGUGGCCUGCUUGACACCAACGCGCGCGCGCUGCCGUCCGGGCUCCGUGUGCACCUCGUGCAGGCGCUGAUACUACUGGUGAAUCGGAAGAUUGUUGAUCUGGAGGACACAAUGGAGUUAUUUAUGGAGCUUCAAGUUAUAGGGGACCGGGCUGUCAAAAAACUAGCAUUCUCACAUAUUGUACACAGUAUCAGGAGAAUGAAUCAGACCCACAAGAAUGAAGCCAGGAAUCGUAAACUGCAAAACAUCCUUUUCACAUUCCUACAGGGCGAGGAAGAGUCGAGAGCAAAGAGGGCCUUUACUAUUCUAUGUGAUCUUCACCGUCGGAGGGUCUGGUUUGAUGACCGCACAGCAAAUGCUAUAUGCAAUGCUUGUUUCCAUGGUUCUUCUAGAAUUAUGAUAGCCGCUAUUUCAUUCCUUCUUGGGUAUGAAAACGUUGAGCAAGAAGAUGAUAGUGAUGCAUCCAGCAGUGAAGAUGAAGCUCAAAACCCUCAAAUUAUUCUUAGUAAAGAGGAUGUUUACAAGGCAAAUCACAAGGGCACUGCUGCUACUAAGAAAAAGAAGAAAGCUAAAUUGCAGCGUGUGAUUCGUAGUAUGAAAAGGCAACAACGUAAAUCCACUGAGGACACUGGCUCCAAUUAUUAUUCACCACUGACGUAUUUAAAGGAUCCUCAGGGUUUUGCUGAGAAGCUCUUCUCUCGGCUCCAGAAAUGCAAUGAGCGGUUUGAGGUAAGGAUGAUGAUGUUAAAGGUUAUAGCGAGGACUAUUGGGCUGCAUCACUUGGUUUUGUUGAACUUCUAUCCAUAUCUUCAAAGAUACGUUCAGCCUCAUCAACGAGAUGUAACAACUUUACUUGCUGCAGCAGUACAGGCUUGCCAUGAUAUGGUGCCUCCUGAUGCAGUUGAACCACUGUUUAAGCAGAUAGUAAAUCAAUUUGUGCAUGAUCGUUCUCGCCCAGAGGCUAUUGCUGUUGGCUUGAAUGUUGUGCGAGAGAUCUGCAUGAGAAUACCUUUGUUGAUGAAUGAAGAUCUACUCCAGGACCUUGUUUUAUACAAAAAGUCCCAUGAAAAAGCUGUUUCCAUUGCCGCUCGUUCUCUAAUUACUUUAUUCCGGGAGAUCUGUCCUUCUCUGCUAGUCAAGAAAGAUCGUGGGCGUCCUGCUGAUCCGAAGGCUCGACCAAAAGCAUUCGGCGAAGCAACUAUCGCUUCUGAUGUGCCUGGAGCUGAGUUGCUAGAUGAAGAUUUUUCAUCAGAAGGGGAAGGCUCAGACGAUGAGUCUGAUGCUUUUGAUUCUAAUGAUGAGAAAGAGUUGCAAUCUGCUCGUGGUACUAAACAAAAUUUGGAUGGUUCGUCUGAAGCAAACAAGCUUGACACAGAUGAAGGUAUGAAAGAGGAAGAUCAACUAUCUGGGGAUGAAGAUGAUACAGAGGAACUAGAUGAGGAUCAAGACAUCUCUGACAAUGAUAGUGAAGAAAAUGAUGAUGAGCUAGAAUUGGACUCUGAUAUGGAUGAGGAGAAUGAUGUAUCUGAAUCUGAUGAUGAUGAGGAACUCAGUGAGAAAUUGGAUGAUUCUGAUGAAGGCUCUGAUCAGGAUGAUGACAGUGACCAGGAUGAUAAGUCAAAAAACAGCAGUCGCAAGGCAAAUAAGAGAAAGUUGAGUGAUUAUAUAGGGCAACUUAAUGCUGCAGAUGCAAGCCUUCGAGCUCUGAAGAAGUUGGCAGGAGCCAAGAAGGCUGAAGCUUCGUGCGAUGAAGCUGGUAAAAUCUUAUCUGAUGAAGAUUUUAAGCGUAUUAAGGAGCUAAAGGCAAAAAAAGAAGCAAAACUGGCUCUGGCACAACAUGGACUCGGCAAGGGCCAUGACACAAAAUCAGUAACCUUUAAAAUGCCUUCUUCUGAUCAGCUUAGUCUGAAACGGGUUGACCCAUCCAAGCUUGAGGCUCACAUAAAGAGAAAGCUUACGAAAGAGGAGAGAUUAGAAAUGGUGAAGGCUGGAAGAGAGGAUAGAGGAAAAUACCAAGCAAGAACAGCUGUGAAACAGAAAAAGACCGGUGGCUUGAGCAAUAGGCAGAAACAACACAAGAAGAAAAUGCCCCUCGCUGCAAGCAGAGCGAAGGCAGCGCGUUCUCGACAGGAGAAGAAAAAACUGCAAAAGCGCUCGGGAAAGCAAUUCAGAGGACGGAAGGCGUGGAAAUGAGGGAUUUUUUGUACUUGCGUUUGCCAAUUCUUGUGGUCUACUGGCCAAAAUUUUGACUCCUUCAGUUAAUGAUUUUCGUAUACAAAUAUGGUUUCACAAACCGUGUAUCAUCGAUUUUUCAAGUGCUGGUGUAUUCUUUUGUGAGUGGAGAGAAUGAAGCCGGUAUAUCAUCGCUCACAGUGGUUGCUCUAUGAAUUUGGACAGUACUCGUAUCCAGAAGGUUCAGCA